CUGUGUCCAGAUGUGCGCACCCAGCUGGUGGAGCAGCAGCGCUGCCUGGAGCAGCAGACCGAGAUGCGGGUCCAGCUGCUCCAGGACCUGCAGGACUUCUUCAGGAAGAAGGCCGAGAUCGAAACGGAGUAUUCCCGCAACCUGGAGAAGCUGGCGGAGCGGUUCAUGGCCAAGACGCGCAGCACAAAGGACCAUCAGCAGUACAAAAAGGACCAGAACCUGCUUUCUCCGGUCAACUGCUGGUACUUGUUGCUAAACCAGGUGAGAAGAGAGAGUAAGGACCACGCCACCCUCAGUGACCUGUACCUGAACAACGUCAUCUCGCGCCUGACGCACAUCAGCGAGGACUCGGCCCGCCUGCUGAAGAGGAGUAAAGAAAUCAUUACACAACUCCAGGAAGACCUGAUGAAGCUUCUGAAUGAGCUUUAUACCGUGAUGAAGACGUACCACAUGUACCACGUGGAGACGAUCAGUGCUGAAGCCAAGCUACGCGAGGCGGAGCGCCAGGAGGGCCGCGUGAAGGGCGUGUCCGGGACGGGCGGAGGGGUGGAGCCUGUGUUCGGCCUCCGGAUAGAAGAACGCCACCAGAGACGCAACGCCGCUCGCAAGAUGGAGAAGAUGAGGGAGAAGAGGAAGGCGAAAUACUCUGAGAACAAACUGAAGACUCUGAAAGCCAGAAAUGAGUAUCUACUGACUCUGGAGGCCACCAAUGCAUCCGUGUUUAAAUAUUACAUCCAUGACCUGCCAGAUAUCAUAGACUGCUGUGACUUAGGGUACCACUCCAGUCUGAGUCGGGCUCUGAGGACCUACCUGUCGGCUGAACUGAGCCUGGAAGCCUCCAGAAGGGCAGGUCUGGAGGUCCUGGAGGGAGCGGUGGAGAACCUGGACCCCGCCCGCGACCGGCAGCGCCUGCUGGGCCUCUACCCCACCGCCUUCUGCCCACCGCAGCGCUUCGGCUUCCAGGCCCACAUGGGCGACUCAGUGACCCAGAUUGCGUCCCAGCCGCAGGUCCAGGCCGAGCUCACCCUCCGACUCACGCAGCUCCAGACCCGCCUGUCCUCCCUGAAGAUCGAGAACGAGGAGGUGAAGAAGACCUGGGGCGCGACUCUGACCACCCUGCAGGACAUGACGGUGCUGGACGACUGCGACGUGUCUCAGAGCUUCACGCACAGCCCGUCCUCGGAGUCCGUGAAGUCCAGCGUUUCCGACGGCUACCUGAACAAACCCAGCCUGGCCAAGAGACGGGCUAACCAGCAGGAGACGGAACUCUUCUACUUCAAUAAAUUCCGCGAGUACCUGGAGGGAAGCAAUCUCAUUUCCAAACUCCAAGCCAAACAUGACACGUUAAAAAAAGCUUUAGCAGAAGGAUAUAAAUCUGAGCUGCUGACAACCAGUCGUGGGCGGAAGAACUCCCAUAGCAAGCAUCAGGAUUCAACCAAAGCCAUACCCUUGCUUGUGGAGAGCUGCAUCCGUUACAUCAACCUACACGGCCUUCAGCAUCAAGGCAUAUUCCGGGUAUCGGGAUCCCAACUUGAGGUCAAUGACAUCAAGAACUCUUUUGAAAGAGGUAACGACCCGCUGAUUGAUGAGGAGAACAACCAUGACAUCAACUCUGUGGCUGGGGUGUUGAAGCUCUACUUCAGGGGUUUGGAGAACCCUCUGUUUCCCAAGGACAGAUUUAAUGACCUCAUCUCCUGCAUCCGACGUGCCGCUUAUGUUACCGACACCCCGCGAUGUCUCGGGGACUCGUACCGAUUUUUAUCAUGCGCGUUCUUUACCACAGGCAUGGAAAACCUCUAUGAGAGAGCGCAGUGCAUUCGUAAAAUCCUGCUGGGCGUCCCCAGAGCCACACUGGUGGUGAUGCGCUACCUGUUCGCCUUCCUCAACCACCUCUCCCAGUACAGCGACGAGAACAUGAUGGACGCGGGGAAUCUGGCCAUCGUGUUCGGCCCCACCCUGCUGCCCACGCCGGACACGCUGGACCAGGUGGCCUGUCAGGCGCACGUCAACGAGGUCAUUAAGACGGUCAUCCUGCACCACGACAACAUCUUCCCCGACACCAAGGAGCUGCCCGGCCCGGUUUACGAGAAGUGCAUGACCGGUGACCAGUACUGCGAGAGUCCCUUCAGCGAGCCGGGCGCUCUGGAGGAGGCCGAGCCGGACGCCGGCGCCGAGACCCAGACCAGCGACGAGGCCUGCCGGAGAGCGGUUGCCAUGGCGACGGCGCUCAUGGAGACAUCGCCGCGUUCUCUCCCUCUGCGCCCAACCCACCUCCUCAAGGGGGACGGCGUGGAGGCGGUGGCCAGGUUCGACUACGUGGGCCGGUCGGGCCGGGAGCUGUCCUUUAAGAAGGGGGCGUCGCUGCAGCUGUUCCAGCGCGCGUCACAUGACUGGUGGGAGGGCCGGCUGAACGGCCGCCGCGGCCUGGUGCCCCACCAGUACAUCCUGGUGAAGGACAGGCGAGUGAACAGCCCCAGAUGGGCCGACGCCAUGUCGGACUCGCUCAGUCAGAAGAACGACAGCGACGGCGGGAGCAGCAGCACCGAGGACAAGCGCUCCCGGAGCGAGCUGAGCUCCCCCACCGACAUCCGCCCGCCCGAGAACUACAACAGUCACAGGAGGAAACGGACGGCCGACCUGUUCCGCCGCCCUCUCUGCCGCUCCAACGAUAACCACGGCAACGGCGGGGGGAUGGAGCGCAGCUCCCCGCCCGUGACGGGUCACUUCAGUCCCCGGGACCUGCUGCUGGGGCGGGGCCAGGGCAUGACCCCGCCCCUGGACAGCCCCGAGCGGCGCCGGCGCUCGGCCGCCGUCACCAUGACGGUGAGCCGCCACGAUUCGCUGCGGCGGCCCGAGGACACGCCCAUCCGGCGCUCCAGCAGUGGCCAGCACAGUUUCAGCGACUCCCUGCGCUCUAGGGCAAUGGACCCCGACGCGCUAGCCCAGGAUAUCGAGGAGACGGUGACCGUUGCUCUCGGGGAGCUGAGGCAGCUGGAGCGGCAGGGCUGCCGGCCGGCCCCCGACGUGGUCCUGGACACCCUGGAGCAGGUGAAGAACGGCCCCGCCACCACCUGCUCCUCCGAGUCGCCCAGUCCCCACAGCACCCCCAGCACGCCGGGUACACCCGGAACCCCCGGGACCCCCGGGACUCCCGGCACUCCCGGUACCCCGAGCCCCCUCAGCCCCAUGAGCCCCGUCAGCCCGCUGCCCGGACCUCCGCCCGGACCCCCCAGACCAGCCAACCCCUCCCCUGAUGCCCUGGGCUCCUUCAAGCCUGUGGCAGCUGCCCGCAUGGGGGCUCCGCUGCGGCCCCCCGCCCUCAGACCCAAGCCUAUGGUCCCGCCCAAGAGCAGCACCCCGCCUCUGCCCCCACCGCUGGACAAAUCCUGCACCAUGUGA